AUGGGAAGAAAAAUCUUGUUUAGUGUUUCACUUAUAUUUUUAUUCAUUGGAUUUUCACUUGCUUUGGACCAGAUACUUGCCAGGAAGAAUGUAAGGUAAGUAAUUGCAUAUCUUUCUCGAACAUCUUCAAAUAAAGAAGUGGUUAUAAGCAGUGAUGGCCAGAAUAAUGGAGAUAUGAAGUCAAUAUGGAAUGUCACACAGGCUCUCAACUAUAAUCUUAGCAAACAAGAACGUUUCAGAAAAGGAUCUGCGAAUGCAUUCAGCCAUCAUAGUCCGGUUAAUGUCUCUAUCCAUGGAAUUCCCUGCAUUCUCUUCUGGGCCAAAAGAAUAACAAUAAAAUUUAAGAAUCAAACUUGGCUGGACCUUACAGAUGAAGCAUAUGGCCAGAAGGUAACAGUGGAUGCUGGCAACUCAAAUUGCAGUGAGGACAGUGCCACGCUGUCUCUGAAGUUUGGUGAUGGUGAAAAUCCCCAAGUUCUCACUGUAAGAUUCAUCCUUACCAAUUACAACAAAUUGUCAGUCCAGAGUUGGUUCAAUUUACACCGACUGGAGAUUAUCUUCAAUAACUCAGUCCAAGCAACGUUUAAUGCAACUGGCAUAUAUGCUCCAUCAAGUUAUUCCUACCACUGCCAGCACGUCAGCAAUCUGCAGCGGUAUGAUGCCCUCUUGUUGCCCAGCUACACGGAUGAUAUCUCCAGCCUAUGGGAGGUUACCUUUGUUGAUUUCCAGAUCCAAGGCUUUUCCAUUGAGGGGGGAGAGUUUUCCACGGCCCGAGACUGUGCCUCUUCCUUCUCACCAGCCAUUCUGAUUGGUCUGGCCAUGUCCCUGAUUCUGCUGCUGGCAUUGGCCUCUGCCCUGCAUACGCUCAUCUACCUGCGGAAUCUGGACCAGCACUACGACUUCAUCACCUCUCCUGCCCACUUCUCACAAGAUGUAGCAGAAGAGAAGGAACUGCUGAGGAGCCAGGCAGUUGAAUGCUAUGAAUUGAGAAGCCAACAGAUUUGCAAAAUUUAUGUUUAA